AUCAACGAAUAUUGUCAAUAAUUUAAUAUUAUUUUUUCUGACUUUGUAUACUACUUUUAAUUGUUUAUAGUCUGCUUAUGUUUUUCAUAAUUUCAUGUUUUGAAUUUUACAUACGAUGGUAGAAGAAGUAGUUAAUUCUACUAGUAAACCAAAGAAUAAAACUGCUAGACCACGUCCAGUUUAUUUGUGGAAUGUGCUAGACGUACAAAAAUGGUUGAGAAGGCAUUGUAGCGAUUAUUAUCAAUUAUAUCAUGAAAGGUUUUUAUAUCUGCAAUCGACUAGCUGCGCAACAGAAAUAUUGGAAAAACAAAAGACGAUACAUCGAUCCCACACCGAGACACCUAAUAUGGUCCUAGCGGCCACUUUUGCUGUAUGGCGUAAUAUGCUUUGACGACUGCCUAUAUCGCGGCGUAACAAUACGUAUCAUACACUUAUUAUAGACAUACAAAUUUUAUACAUACAACGGUUUUGUUUAAAUUCAGUAAGUUGACGCAAUGGUCGUGUUUCAAAUACUUUAUCCCUAUUUCAUUUCAUUCGAUCUUCUCUCGUACGUAAUGACAUCUAAUAUAUAUAUAUUUGUAUGUUUACUCUUAUUUGUACAUAGCGAAUUUUUGGUUAACUCUAUGGU